AUGGAAGGUGGGUCAAGUGUUUACAUUGGUAAUAUACCAUAUGAUUACACAGAAGAACAAGUCAUGGAAAUUGCAAAGUCCGUAGGUCCAGUAGAUGACUUGAAAUUACUUUUCGAUCCUGCAAGUGGGAAAUCUAAAGGUUAUGCUUUCAUUAAAUAUGCUGACCAUGAAACCGCUGAAUCAGCAGUAAGAAACUUAAACAACUUUGCCAUAGCUAAUAGGAAUUUGAAAUGUUCAUUAUCUAAUGAAAAUGAUCCAUUUGAUAAUGAUUUGGAAGUUGAAAAAUUACCGCCAAUACCUUUAGGUUCUCAAAUCUUUCAUCAAACUCCUGGUCAAGCUAUAGGUACUAUAUUAUCAUCAUUGACUCAAGAUCAAGCAAUACAACUUAUCAAAGAAGCUAAAGAUAUGAGUUCAACUAAUCCUUUAUUGAUGGAGAAAUUAUUAGAAAGAACACCACAAUUAUCCCAUGCAUUAGUUGAAACUCUAAUGUUAAUGAAUAUAACCAAACCUGAGAUAAUAGAAGUGGCUGUGAAUAGAAAAAAACAAGAAAUAGACCAAUUGAAUCCUGAUCAAAUAAGAUUCUUAUCAGCAGCUAAGAAUUUAACUGAUGAAGAAUUAAAUGAAUUAGAUGAAUCUAAACAACAAAUAAUGAAAAAAUUAAUCAAUGAAAUAAAUAGUGGUUCUUUUGGUGAACUUUAA